AUGCCUCAUCAGGACAAAAAGUUGAAGAGCACAGAAAAAGCAAUAAAAAAAAAGCCUCCUGGGAUCUCUAUGAGGGAUAAUUCUGAUCUAAAAAGGCUUCAGUCUCUCUUCAGUGUUCAGUCAAGGAACCAACAGCUUCCAGCUAUAUCUAUUGAAAGUGGUCAAACCAGUGUGACAAGAACUUGGCAAAACGUCAAAAGCAAUGAACAGAAGUCCAGUGAUCAAUGGCAAGCAUCAACAGAAGCUGUUGAGCUUGAAAAAUUUAGUGUGAUCUACAAGAAUGAGAGAAAUUUUAGCAAGCAUCCCAAGCGUUAGCUGUUUCAAGAUAUCUUUACAACUUUAGUUAAGGACAGACUUACCUGCAGGCAAUGGGUUAUGCAAGCUCCGUGCAUCCAUUUUCUUAGAUUAUUAAUCUGCCUGAUAUUAUUAAUAAGGGAUCCAUGCCACCAGGAAAUGCUCGACAGUCUGGGUGAAAUUGAAAAUCUAACUCAAUAUAUGGAAACAGUAGCAAAUUGUUACCUUAAUUACAGAGAAGAGCAGCAUAAUGUAGACAAGUUGGUCAACAUGUGGUCAUUAAAUAUUUUCCAAAAGCUUGCCACUGUUAGAAAUCGAAGAUAAUGAGUUAUAGCAAAUGGAGCACAUAAAACCUGUGUAAAUUUGUUAUCUGCCAGAGACAGUCGUGUUUUUGAUGCCCUCCUUGCUCUGACUAGCUUAGUAGAAUGUCCAGAAUGUAGGGAGGAGAUAAGUGAGAUUGUUGAGAACUUGCUGGUGAUAUUACAUGAAUAUGAUUUUCUCUCUAACAGAUUUACAGCAGAAUUGCUCUGACUCCUUUGUGCAGAGUCACAAGUCAAAGAGCAAAUAAAAAUGUAUGAAGGAGUUCCAGUCUUGCUCAGUUUGCUCCGUUCCAAUCACAUCAAACUUCUAUAGAGUAUAGUUUGGAUUCUGGUACAGGUUUGUGAAGACCCUGAGACUAGUGUGGAAAUUUGGAUCUGGGGUAGAAUCAAGCAGCUCCUUCAUAUGUUACAGGAGUAGCCAACCCUUGUAUCAAACUCUUCAGUUGGAAGUUUAUCUACUGCAAGUGCGGCAGGAAGAAUCCAGUAUCUUCAUUUGUCACAUGAGCCAAGUCCUUAUGAGAUACAAGAAAAUAUUUUCUCACUUCAAGCAACUUGUUGUGCUGCAAUUAGACUGGUGCUCUAUGAGAUUAAUGCUUACGAGGUUGUACAGGCAAAUGCAAUAUAUAAAAUGGCAAAUCUAAUUUUAUAAAACAAAGAAAGGAAUGCUGAAAAAGCCAGUUUAUUACAGUAUUAUGUUUUCAGAGCCCUGAGAUUUCUCUUCAGUAUUGAAAGAAAUUGACAUAUUUUUGAAAGGUGUUAUUUUCUUACUGGCUUCUUUGAAAUCCUCAUUGAUAGUGGACAUCAUGUGUGUGAUACCAGAGCUUAUGAAGGAUUGGUAUCAAAGCUAAAUUUGUUAAAGGAGGAUAUAUUGAAGCAAAUCACUGAAAGUAUUGAGAACGUGAAUAAGGCACCCACAAAACGUGUAGGAAAUUAUGCAAUUUUAGAGUACUUUGGCAGUGGAGCUUUUGGAAGUGUAUAUAAGGUUAGAAAACAUAAUGGACAACAUCUCCUGGCAACGAAAGAAGUCAAUUUACACAAUCCAGCAUUUGGAAAGGACAAAAAAGACAGAGAUAGCAGUGUAAAAAAUAUUGUCUCUGAAUUAACCAUUAUCAAAGAGCAACUUUAUCAUCCAAAUGUUGUACAGUAUUACACAACCUUCUUGGAAAAUGACAGAUUGUAUAUAGUGAUGGAGCUCAUGAAGGGGGUGCCAGUGGGAGAAUACUUUCACUCUUUGAAGGAAAAGCAACAACAAAAACAGGGUUCCAGUGGAAUAGUAGGGGCUUUGUAUGAACCUGUGCCAGAAGGACUGUACUCUGAAAAAGUCUCAUUUACCAUUAAGAGCUGCUAGAUUCCUGAUGCAGAGGCACAUCCAGACAUAGUGGAAGUGAGCUCACUGCUGCCUGAUGUAAUGAUGAAAUAUCUGGAUGUUUUAUCCACCUCUCAUCUCAUGCUGGAGAAGAAACUGGAUUGGGAGAGGAGAUGAACCCAGUAGUACUUCAUGGAGGCUAACCGAAAUGCAGUAACUUCUUGCCAUCAACAUUCCAUUUUAUCACAAAAAAAUGAUGAGAAGUUGAGUCUGCAUUUUAGCAGCAGUGGAGCAGCCAGUUGCAAAAGUGAAUUUUCAGAAAAUACUGACCUUCCAGGGGACAGUUGUCAGUCUGCACAUGGAAGAUAUGAGGAAAGAACAUAUGAAGCAAUCCUGGUAGAGGAUGGAGAAAGGUAGACAUCAGCAAAAGAAGUAUUUUCUCUGAAUGACAAUGAGAUAGACACAGUGGACAAUUCAACCAGCUCCAGUUCAAGUAAUUUGGAAGAGUCAGCUAUUGGUAUAACUAAACAAAGUUUUAGUGCUUCUGAAAGACAGCCUCAGAUAAGGGAUUAUGUUGGCGGUUCUGGAUCAAGACUGUGAGCAGCGUUGGCAGGAAUUGCUGUAUCACAAAGGAAGGUGCAUCAGAUCAGUGACCCUGUUCAGCAGAUUCUUGUUCAGCUGCACAAAAUUAUCUUGAGCACUCAACUUCAUCCAGUUGUGCAAUGCAACUUGAAAAGCAGAAUCAUUGAGAGAUUCAAGAAGUCCCUUUUCAGCCAGCAGAACAAUCCUUGUAAACUGUAAUCAGAAAUCAAAAAAAUCACCCAGAAUACUGCUGAAUUGAUUAUCUUUCCAGCAGAUUGGCAUGGGGUACAUCUUUCUUCAGGUGGACAUGUGUUGCUUCCAGAUGAUAAAAAAGGAAUUCUUGGCACUUCUGGCAUGGCAGAAGGGAUGACAUAUGAGCAUUCUUUUGCAUCAUAGACUCUAAUUGAAGAGGUUCUAGAGGAAAGUGGUUAUUACAGUUUCUCUUCUUACAGGUCAAUCUAG